AUGGAGCAGAAUCUCGAUAGGUUGUUGGAUCGGCGCGAUCUGUUGAAGGUGAAGCUAUUCCAGAUUGCAGAAGAGCUAGAAGAAGAGUCGAAUCUCGAGUCGAAUAAUAUUCACUGGCUCAAUUUGCAGAUGGAAAAUAUACGUCGGUGUUACGAUGACAACGAGAAGAUACAUUUUGAGAUUUGUGAUAUCGUCGCUCGGGAGCAUCGAAAGGAGUACACGGAGGAGUAUUUCCGUUAUAAUAAAUACCACAACAAGUUGUUCGUGAAGAUCCAGACUGCAAUUUCGAAGCUGAAGAAUGAUGAAGACAAAGCGAAGCAAGAAGCGCAGAAACUCCCAGUAGCAUCGCUCGUACCACAGCAACCGAUUGUGGUGAAUGCUGCUGCCCCGCAUUUGCAAGUACCGUUGCCGACUUUCGAUGGAAACCUCGAGAACUGGUACUCGUUCAAAUGCAUGUUCCAGACUAUCAUGGACAGGUAUCCGAACGAGUCUCCUGCGAUCAAGCUUUAUCAUCUGAAAAACUCGCUUAUUGGAAGUGCUUCCGAUAAAAUUGACCAGGAUGUGAUCAAUAAUAAUGAUUACAUGGCAGCAUGGAAGGUGCUCGAACACGCAUAUGAAGAUGAAAGGCUGAUCAUCGAUACGCACAUCGAUGCAUUGGAGAUGUUGCCAAGAAUGACACGUGAACACGGAGAAGAGUUACGAAAGUUGAUCGAAAGCUGCUCGAAACACGUCGAUGCACUGAAGAAUCUUCAACUGCCCGUGGCAGGACUAGGAGAGAUGAUCCUUAUCAACACAAUUGCCAAGCGUUUGGAUAAGGUCACGCGUACGCUGUGGGAGUCGCAGCUAGACCAAGAUGAACGACCGUCGUUCAGCGAGAUGAUGGAUUUCCUUCGUGAACGAUGCCGAAUACUACAGAAAGUAAAGGGUUAUCCGGAGCACCGGGUGCAACCAAAUAUAGUGAAGCAAAAGGGAAAACUGGAAUCGAGGAACUUAUCAGCGAAGAACUUCGUUCAAGUAGUCAAGGAAUGCUGUCCCUGUUGCAGCAGUGAUCAUGCAAUCUACAAAUGUGAAGAAUUCAAGAAGUUGAGUGUUGCUGAUCGUUACAACAGAGUGAAGAUAUGUGGCUUAUGUUUUAACUGCCUUCGUCGCGGUCAUCGUACGGUGGAUUGUAAGUGUGAGCAAUCAUGCAAGACGUGUCGGAGAAAGCACCAUAGUCUCCUCCACGAAGACAUCACAAAUGCCAGGAAAGAUUCGCCUAUCCAAGUUUCAGCUACCGCUACAACUAGUAGCAAUGGGCAAUCUACUGUUCAAACCCAAGGAUCUGUGAACUGUGCCCAAUUACAAACCAUGAAGAAACAAGUGCUGCUAUCAACCGCAAACGUUCUGGUAUGUGGAUCAGGAGGUUUCAAACAGGCGUGUCGUGCACUCCUGGAUUCGGGAUCCGACUCCAACAUCAUGUCUGAAAAGUUCGCUAGGAGUUUGAAUAUAGCUUGGGAGAGGAUCGAUCUACCUAUUACUGGCUUGAACAAUGCUGAGACUCAGGUCAGGUAUAAGCUGCGGACGAAGAUUAUUUCUCGUGUAAACCAGUUCGAAGCUGUUUUGGACUUCCUGGUGGUUCCCAAGGUAAUCGCUAAUCUGCCGAUGGUUGAAGUCGAUAUACGCUCGUGGCCGAUUCCUGCUGGACUUUCAUUGGCUGACCCAUCUUUCCACGUACCUGAUGAGGUUCAGCUGAUUAUUGGUGCCGAGCUAUUUUACGAUCUGCUCAAGGAAGGAAGGAUGAAGAUAAACAACGAAUGCCCUACUUUGGUGGAAACUCAACUUGGAUGGAUCGUUAGUGGCUCAGUGUACACCAGCAGCAACAAGCGUCAACGUACCGUUUGCCAUCUAGCGGUAACCAAUGAAGAUUUAAAUCAAACCUUGACGAAGUUUUGGGAACUCGAAGCUUGUGGUGACGCGUCUUCACUCACUGCAGAAGAACAUGCUGUUGAAACGCAUUUCGAACGAACAGUAUCACGGGAUGACGACGGUAGGUACACCGUUAGACUUCCAUUCAACAAUAAAAAGGAUCAACUUGGCGACUCCCAUGAAACUGCUCAUCGGCGAUUCAAGAAGCUAUUACGUACAUUCAUCGACGAUUCGAAGAGGAUCCGCUAUACAGCAUUCAUGUCGGAGUAUCUGACAUUGGGUCAUAUGGUGGAAGUGGCGGACAAUCCUUGUGAUGGAUAUUUUCUACCGCACCACGCGGUAUACAAAGAAGCAAGCUCGACGACGAAACUCCGUGUAGUUUUUGACGCUUCGGCGAAGACAACGUCUGGUCUGUCGCUGAACGACACGUUAAAUGUAGGUCCCACCGUACAAAGCGAUCUGGUAUCGAUUAUACUACGCUUUUGCUCCCAUCAAGUGGUACUGACAGCGGAUGUUCCGAAAAUGUACCGCCAGGUAGGAGUUCACAAGGAUGACUGGAGGUAUCAAAGAACGUUGUGGCUAGACGAACAAAACCAAAUCACGACGUUUGAACUGACAACUGUUACUUACGGUUGCUCCAGUGCACCGUAUCUUGCAACACGGGUACUUGUUCAACUAGCCAAGGAUGAGGAACACGAUCUACCGCUUGCGGCGAAAGUAGUGGUAGAAGAUAGCUAUGUUGAUGAUUUUCUUACUGGAGGAAGAACAGCGGAUGAAGUGAUCGAGAUUUACCGGCAGCUAUCGGAAAUGCUGAAGCGAGGAGGUUUCGGUGUUCAUAAGUUUUGUUCUAAUGAUCAGACUGUGCUCAACAAUAUUCCGGAAGAGCUUCAGGAGACCCGAAUGGAUUUUGAAAAUGCGGCUAUAAACAACACGAUCAAGACAUUAGGAAUCAUUUGGAAUCCGAACCAGGAUUAUUUCGGCUUCUACGUGAAGGCAUUGGAUUCCAGGAACAGUUCUCCGCCAACGAAGCGAAACGUUCUUUCUGAUAUUGGCCAUCUGUUUGAUCCGUUGGGUUUUCUUGGGCCGAUUAUCACAACGGCGAAGCUGGUCAUGCAAGAUCUAUGGCGCCUAGGUGUGGCAUGGGAUGAAGAACUGCCACAGGAGCAGAUGGAGGAUUGGAUGAACUUCCGGCAGCAACUUCCGGUGGUGAACAAAAUGAAGAAGAAGCGAUGCGUGAUCUCUGACACGGGCAACGGCGUAGAACUCCAUGGAUUCUCGGACGCUUCUAACAAGGCGUACGGUGCAGUACUUUACACCAGAUGCGUUUUCCCUGAUGGAACAAUCAAUAUUGAAUUGGUUUGCAGCAAGUCGCGGGUCGCUCCGCUGAAACCAUCCACUAUUCCACGAUUGGAAUUGUGCGGAGCUUUACUCCUGGCUCACCUCGUGACGAAGACGAUCGCAGCUAUGAAGAUCUCGUUCAAAAGUGUGACACUUUGGUGCGACUCGCAAGUGGUUUUGUGUUGGUUGAAAAAGUCACCGCUUGCUAUGAAUCAGUUUGUUUCCAACCGUGUAGCAACUAUCAUCGAGUUGACGCAAGAUUACGACUGGCAGUAUGUGCGAUCUGAAAACAACCCCGCCGAUUUGAUUUCGCGAGGUCUGUUGCCUGAAGCACUCGAGGAGCAUGUUUUGUGGUGGAAAGGAUCACCGAUCCUGCGAGAACCAGAACCUCGUACAGAUGAGUACGAUGGUACCAUCGAGAUACCUGAACUACGGAUAAGCACGGUCAGCGUAGUGAAGAAUGUACCACCGAUCAAUUUCAACAGAAUAAGCAAUUUUAGACGUUUGCAAAGGGCAUGGGUGUACGUAUUGCGGUUCAUUGCGAACACUCGUACGAAGACUAGGAAUCUCUCAGAACCAACAGUUCAGGAAAUGGAUGAAGCACUUCGUACUGUUGUGAAACUGGUUCAACAAGAAGCAUUUGGCGAUCUUUUCAAGGUUUUAUCCAGUGGUUCACAGAAGCGGAACAACUAUAGCGGACUAUCCCCAUUUGUAGAUUCGGAUGGCUUGAUCAGAGUUGGAGGACGGCUCAAGUAUUCAUCGAUUCCGUACGACGGUAAACACCAGAUCCUACUACCAGAUAAGCAUCAAGUUACUCGUACCCUGGUAAGGAAGCUCCACGAAGAACAUUUGCACGUUGGGCAACGCGGUCUGCUGUCGAUUGUACGUGAAAGAUUUUGGCCGGUUAAUGCGAAAUCAUUGAUCAAGAAGACUAUUGUUACCUGUUACGCGUGCUGUAGAAACAAUCCUCGACCGUCAAGUCAGUAUAUGGGAGAUCUGCCAGAUUAUCGCAUCACACCGUCACCAGUGUUUGCGAACACAGGAGUGGACUAUGCUGGUCCAGUUAUACUUAAAGAAGCUGGGCGAAAGACUGUUCAGUACAAAGCGUACAUUGCAGUGUUCAUCUGUUUGGCAACUAAAGCCAUUCAUCUUGAGUUGGUUUCUAACCUAACAACAGACAACUUCGUUGCUGCCUUGCAACGAUUUAUAAGCAGACGUGGCAUGGUUAGCAACAUUUAUUCCGACAAUGGAACCACAUUUGUUGGAGCAAACCACGAACUGGCAGCCCUGCGUACACUUUUCGAAGAUCAAGGCCACCAGAGAAAACUGAACGAUUUCUGCAUUACCAAGAGUAUUCAAUGGCAUUUUAUUCCCCCACGAAGUCCCCAUUUCGGUGGUAUCUGGGAAGCGGGCGUUAAAUCGGCGAAGCAUCACUUGAAGCGUGUGGUUGGCGAGACCAAGUUAACUUACGAAGAAAUGUCUACAUUCCUGGCACAGACAGAGGCUAUUUUGAACAGUCGACCGCUCAUUCCAGUAUCCGAUGAUCCAAACGACGUCGAAGUUUUGACACCCUCACAUUUCCUUAUCGGGCGAUCUGCUGUAUGUCUUCCGGAACCAUCCUACGACCAAGAAAAAAUCGGCCGACUUAGCCGUUGGCAACACAUACAGCUAAUGAAGGAGCACUUUUGGAAGCGUUGGUCGGGAGAAUAUUUGCAUCAUCUUCAAUCACGCCCAAAAUGGCAUAACGGCAUCACCAAAUUUGAGGUUGGAUCACUUGUGGUACUUAAGGACGACAACGCACCACCCCAUCAGUGGCGUAUCGGCCGCAUCCAAUCUACCCACCCAGGGAAGGAUGGGAUUGUACGAGUAGUGACUGUGAAAACAUCGACGGGAGAGUAUCGGCGAGCUAUUACCAAAGUUUGCCUUCUUCCUUUGGUUGAUCCUGUGGAAUCAACGGGGGGAGAAUGA